CUUUUUUUAUAACCCAGUAAUAUUAAAAUGGGGGAGGAUUGCAUGAUUCCUGCCGAGCAAAAUUCCUUUACCGAUUUAUCAGGAGUUAAUCGUUCAGAUAGUAAUGUUUUUGAAAUCACAAAUAAUCUUGAUGAUUAUGAGAUUAUUGAAGAUAUUGGAAGAGGGCAGUUUGGCAUGGUUCAAAAAAUUAGAUUUAAAAAAAACCCUUGUAAGUUACUUGUUUGGAAGAAAAUAAAGUAUUAUAAUAUGGAAGACGCUGAAAAGCGUCAACUAGCUCAAGAAGUGGAAUUACUUCAAAGUUUAUGGCAUACCAAUAUUGUACGUUACGUUGGUAAAAUUAACGAUAAGUCGACAGCCUGUAUAUAUCUCAUUAUGGAGUAUUGUGAUGGAGGGGAUUUGGGAAGAUAUUUGAGUUAUACUGUUAAAAAGGGUCAUUAUCUUCCUGAAGAACUUAUACUUUCUUGGUUCCGUCAACUGGUAAAUGCACUAGACUACUGUCAUACUCGUAAAACAGGCAAGGUGCUUCAUCGCGAUUUGAAACCUCAAAAUAUUCUUUUAUCGGGAAAAUAUAAAAAGCUUAAGCUUGCUGAUUUUGGUCUUGCAAAAGUUCUCCAACCAUUACAGCAAAUGGCUGAAACACACGUGGGAACUCCGUAUUACAUGUCUCCUGAAAUUUUGUGCUGCUCAAAGUAUGAUGAGAAGUCAGAUAUAUGGUCAUUAGGAUGUUUAAUUUACGAAAUUUCCACGGGAACAUCACCUUUUAGCCGAGCUUCGUGCUACGAAGAUUUACGUCAUUUAGUAGAUGAAGGAUAUGUUGGAACAGUGGAGUUUCCCACGUUAUAUAUAAAAGAACUUUUUACUGUUAUUAGAUGGAUGUUGUCAAAUGAUCCUAAUGAUCGACCUACAACGUCGCAGCUAAAAUCAACUAUUUUAUAUAAACUAGCGUCGGCUUUAAGAUAUCGAGAUGUUACUGAUUUUCUUCAAACUCGGAUUAAAAGUCAAAAUCAGGAACUGCAGCAAAAAAAUAUGUUCAUUAAAUAUUUACAGUCUCAGCUUGCUAUGUCAUAUUCACAUUUUUCUUAUAUAGAGGAAUAUGUUCACUUCCUUAUGGAGUCCGAUGACAUUAUUAAAUCUAAUUUAAAAGAUUUAAAGAAUUUGUAACCUUUCUUAAAGGUGUUUUAUAAAAACAUUUAAGUUAAAAGAGAAUUUAAAAAAAUUUCAAAUUUUUUUUAAAAAAUAAUUUACUGGACUUUAAAUAUAUACGUGUAUUUCAAAAUAUUCAAAUUCCACAAAAAAUAAAAAACUCC